GAAAUAGAGCAAACCAGAAAAGCUACUGGAAUCACAAAUAAGCAAGGUCCCCAUUUUAACCUUUUUUGGAAUAUUGUUCAUUUAAACUCUUGAACUGAAACUAGUCAUCAUCAUGCAUCAAGCUUGUUGCUGGCGGCUCUCCUGCCUGCUUGGCAGGUCAGAAGUCAGGCCCAUCUCUCAGCCAUCUGAGUUCAGGGCUGAGGCGGCCACACUUUAGUGUUACUUAUGUGGAGAAGUUAUUUCCUGUUCUUGUUGUUUGAUUUAAGUGCUAAGAUCUUGGGGUUCUGCAUUUAAGAUGACUCUGUCCUGGUAAUUGUUGCCGUUGGUACCAGUAAUUUUCCCUGUUGCUCUACUUGUGACUGCAGGAGGUUUUCAUUUAUUUUUAAGGACUGGUGCUUGAGGAAGGAGAGUCCUCAGGCGUUAGCAGCCGGGCUCAGUCUGAUCUUCGCUGAGCUGCCUCAGACCUGAAGGAGCAUCUUGUGAAGGUCCUAGAAAGGGAGAGAAGUGUUGCAGAAUAAAUGCCAUAUGAAAAACAGUUUGAUCUGCUAUGGAAAAACGUGAGACAUUCAUACAAGCAGUGUCUAAGGAGCUGAUUGGAAAAUUUUUGCAAUUCAUUCAACUUGAUAAGGAUACUUGUGACCCGUUCAACCUAAAUGAGUUGAUAGAUGAAUUAUCAAGGAAGCAGAAAGAAGAACUAUGGCAAAGGCUCAAGAAUUUGCUAGUAGACGUGUUGCUGGAGAGCCCAGUGGAGGGGUGGCAGACAGCAAAAGCCUCCAGUGAAGACAGUAUGAAAGUAGAGCAGGGUUCAAAGAUGCAUGGAAACAUAGAAAUAAUCCAUGCAGUUACAUCUGUGAUUCUUGCUUCUGUGUCGGUAAUAAAUGAAAGAGAGAACUAUGAAGCCUUAUUGGAGUGUGCUGUUAUAUUAAAUGGAAUUUUGUACGCGCUGCCAGAGGGUGAGCGAGCGCUGCAGGGCUCCAUCCAGGACCUGUGCGUGAAGUGGUGGGAGAGAGGCCUGCUCGCCAAGGAGAACAUGGGCAAGACUGCCUUCGUCAUGCUGCUGAGGAGGAGUCUCAGGACGAAAACAGGUGCAGACAUAUGUCGGCUGUGGCGUAUCCAUCAGGCUUUAUAUUGCUUUGAUUAUCAUUUGGAAGAAAGUAGAGAAAUUAAAGACAUGCUGCUUGAGUGCUUCAUAAAUGUCAAUUACAUCAAAAAAGAAGAGGGAAGAAGAUUUCUUAGUUCUCUCUUCAAUUGGAAUAUAAAUUUCAUUAAAAUGAUUCAUGGGACCAUUAAAAACCAGUUACAGGGAUUACCAAAAUCUUUGAUGGUACACAUUGCGGAAAUUUAUUUCAGAGCUUGGAAAAAGGCUUCAGGGAAAAUAAUGGAGGCCAUCGAGAACGACUGCAUCCAGGACUUCAUGUACCAUGGCGUCCACCUUCCUCGGAGGUCUCCGGUGCACCCUAGAGUGCGCAAGGUGCUGAGUUACUUUCACCAUCAAAAGGAAGUUCGGCAGGGAGUGGAAGAGAUGCUUUACAAGCUGUACAAGCCCAUCCUUUGGAGAGGAUUAAAGGCCAGAAACUCGGAAGUCCGGUCCAAUGCUGCACUGCUGUUUGUUGAAGCGUUUCCUAUCCGGCAUCCAGGAUUUAAUGCCAUUGAGAUGGACAGCGAGAUUCAGAAACAGUUCGAAGAACUCUACAGCCUUUUAGAAGAUCCUUACCCGAUGGUCCGUUCUGCAGGGAUCCUUGGUGUUUGUAAAAUAACCUCCAAAUACUGGGAGAUGAUGCCUCCAACCAUUCUUAUUGAUCUCCUCAAGAAGGUAACCGAGGAGCUGGCAUUUGAUUUGAGCUCUGCUGAUGUGCGCUGUUCUGUCUUUAAGUGUCUACCGAUAAUUUUGGAUAAUAAAUUGAGCCACCCAUUAUUAGAACAGCUUUUGCCAGCAUUAAAAUACUGUCUCCAUGACAAUUCAGAGAAAGUGAGGGUGGCUUUUGUUGAUAUGCUGCUGAAAGUUAAGGCUGUGAGGGCUGCUAAGUUUUGGAAAAUAUGCCCCAUGGAGCACAUUCUGGCGCGUCUGGAGUCGGACUCCCGACCGGUGUGCCGGCGCCUGGUGGGGCUCAUCUUCAACUCCUUCCUGCCGGUGAACCAGCCGGAGGCCGUGUGGUGUGAGCGCUGCGUGGCGCUGCUGCAGAUGAACCACGCAGCCGCGCGCAGGUUCUACCAGUACGCGCACGAGCACACGGCCUGCACCAACAUAGCAAAACUGAUCCACGUGAUCCGCCACUGCCUGAACGCCUGCAUCGGGAGAGCCCUGAGCGCCUGCAGGGAGGACGCGGAGGAGCCGGGGAAGGAGAACACUAGCGCUCUGGACCAGACGCUGUCAGUGAGCGAUGCUGCGUCCAUGGCAGGGCUGCUGGAGAUCGUGGUGAUUCUCUGGAGGAGCAUUCACAGGAGCCUGGAGAAUAACAAGGAGGCCCGAGUGUACACUGUCGACAAGUUUGCCUCAGUGCUGCCACAGUACAUGCGCGUGUUCACGGACGACCGCUGCAGGACCCCUCUGUGCGUGCUGGCGUCCCUGAUGCCUGCCCCGGCCGUGCCCGUCUUCAGCUGUGGUGUGAUUUCCACACUGAGGAACCAAGAGGAGGGAACCGCUGACAGGACCUACUGCAUCCUGCUGGACUGCCUCUGCUCCUGGGGCCACGUGGGGCACAUCCUGGAGCUCGUCUGUGACUGGCUGCCCGAGGAGCCGCCUCAGAGCAAGGGUAACUUGGCCUCCAAGCGGAAAGUGCGGGUCCAGGACCCCUGUCCGGUCAAACCUGGGCUGGCACUGGUCUAUGUGGAGUAUUUGCUAACCCACCCCAAGAACCGCGAGUGCCUCCUCUCUGCGCCCCAGAAGAAGCUGAACUGUCUUUUGAAAGCACUUGAAGUAUCCAAGGGGGAUCUGGAGUCCAUUCUGCAGUCGUCAGAUGGCAGCCCUCCGCGCCUGAGUGAGGGUACCGCCCUGCGGGCCUUCAGCCUCUACUGUCGGCUGAGCAUCCAUCUUCAGCACAAGUUCUGCUCAGAAGGCAAACUUUACCUGUCCACUUUGGAAGACACCGGGUCUUGGUUAGAAAGCAAAGUUUUAUCUUUCAUUCACGAUCAAGACGAAGAAUACCUGAAGCUUCACAGGGUGGUUUAUCAGCAGAUUAUCCAGACCUACCUGACUGUGUGUAAGGAUGUCAUCAUGGUUGGCCUUGGCGACUGCAAGUUUCAGACGCAGCUUCUACAGUGGAGCCUUGGACUCAUGCAAACAGUGAAGGGACUCUUUUAUGUUUCAUUGCUUCUCGGCAUUCUGAAAGAGAUAACUGGAAGUUCCUUGACACGGAAAACAGACUCGGAGGAAGAGGUCGCCGUGGUAUUUGACAUGGUCCAGAAAGUAUUUCAGCGAAUGCUGGAGUGCAUGGCGUGGAGCUUCAAGAAGCAGCCUGAGGAGGGCUUGCAGCUCCUUUACUCCGUUCAGACUCCUCUGCACGAAUUCAUCGGCACGGUGCAAUGCUGGCACGUGGACACGCCUGUUCACCGCGGCGUGUUCUCCACCCUGAUCGCUGCGUCUGUGGUUGAGAUAAGCCACCAGCUCCGGAAGGUUUCUGAUAUGGAAGAGCUUACCCCGCCAGAGGGUCUUUCAGCCCUUCCACCAUUUUCAAGGUGUCUAAUAGGAAUAAUAAUAAAAUCUCCGAAUGUGGUCAGGUCAUUUUUAGAUGAAUUGAAGGCAUGUGUCAUUUCUGAGGAUAUUGAAGGCAUCGUUUGUCUCACAGCAGUUGUGCACCUUAUCUUGGUUAUUAAUAAAGGUAAACAUAAGAGUUCAAAAGUGAAGGAUGUUGCAGCUACUAUUGAUAGAAAACUAAAGGCAUUCAUGGAAAUUACUUUGGAGGAGGAUAGCUUGGAAAGGUUUCUCUACGAAUCAUCAUCAAGAACUUUGGGAGCACUUUUGAAUUCAUAACCAAGCCAACGUCUUGAUCAUGUAAAAACAGAGGAAAAAGACUUUACAGAAAGUGAGAUGAAUGUGUAUUUUUCUAGUUUUUUAAUGUUAAUAACCCAUAUAAUAGAGAAGAGGUGGGGCUUCUUUUGGGGUGGGUGUGAGUAGAAAACUCAAAAAUGCUUAACAUUUUUGUGGCGUGCCUACACAAAGGAUACAUUUAAUGUACCAGGCUCUAGGUGUCAGUGGUGCAGAAACCCACAGUGCAUGGAAAAAAUGUUUUCUAGCAAACCUGAUUGUUAUAAAAAUGACUUUUAUAUAUAAUAUUGCUUGGAAACGA